AUGUCGAGCACCACACCGCCAACAGCAUUGGACACAACAUCACUUCACUCUCCAUCUCUUAGAACUGGCAAAACCACGCACAAACCUACCAGUACCAUAACUGCGGACACUAACCACAAGGCUCCCCAAUCCAAGAUCACAGAGCAAGCUCAAGCAACGAUGAUCAAACAAUUGAUACCAUCUGACUGUGCAACCCAUCCUAUCCGCUCUACUGCACCCACUACAUCACCCGUGCUUAAUGAUGCAUCGCCACAGCCAUCAUCACCACGACAGACCAUCCACCCAGACAGACCAACACAGAAGCGCCAAUCACCAUCCAAAGCUGUCAGAUCGAAGUCACUACUAUUGCCGUCCACGAUCAACCGCCAUCCAAAUAAUGCACCCCCAACCUGUGGAACAAUUCCUGAUGGACCAACAUGCAAGCAAUCUGUGCCAACUCCGCCAUCAAAAAUGGGCAUAACAACGGCAGAAGAAACAGCUAUCAUUGCUGCUCUCAACGCAGCCACAACAAACCAACAGCGCUCAUACAAAACAUUGAAAGCAAUAUACCCAGGCCUCACCCGUUAUAAAUAUAACAAACUCCUAUCUGUCACCAAACAACAACCACAAAGCGCCCGCAACCCAGGCCCAAAAUGA